ACAUAAUCAGAGAGAUGCUUAUGAAAUCCACAGGGGAGGCAAAUGGCUCAAAUCCUUGGAGGUUACCCCCACCCCCUUAACUGGAUGGGUAGGAGAACCGCUGCCAAGGCGACAGGCAGCAUCGGGUGCUCAGGUGUCGUUUCCAUGCGGACAGCGUUAUGUGACCAAUAAUCCGGUGCUGCUUCACACUAAGCACUGUGCUGGGGACUGUGUUGGGUGCUACAGGUGUAAAGUUUGAUUUCUACAUGAGGAGCUUUGUGGACCUGCUCCUCCAGGCAUCAAUGCUAGCAGUAAAGACAUCUCAUUAAAAGGACUAUUCAGGAUGAGUCGCUGGGUGGGGCUUUUACGCUGGCAUCGCAUGCAGAAGGAGAAGGAAGAGGAUAAGAAUGAGAAGACAGAGGGAGGAAAUGACGGGAAAAAACCAACAGAGGCCAAACCCAAAAUAAACUGGAAGGAUUGGGUUAUUGACCCAUCAAGUGAAGUUUAUUUCACAUGGCUACAGGUCAUGGUCUUUCCUGUCCUUUACAACUGGGUGAUCAUCAUAUGCCGGACUUGCUUCGAUGCUAUCGAGGAGAGUUAUCUGGCACUUUGGCUCACCAUUGAUUACAUAUCAGACCUUCUCUAUGUGGCAGAUACUGUGAUCAGGUUUCGUACGGGGUUCCUGGAGCAGGGCAUCUUGGUGAAAGACCUGGCCCGCCUGAAGAAAAGUUACCUGCGCUCCUCGCGGUUCCGCUGGGACCUGGCCUCCCUCCUGCCGACGGACCUGCUGUACCUGCACUUUGGCAUCCACUGCCCCCUGGUGCGCAUCAACCGCUUCCUGCGCACGAUGCGGCUCUCCGAGGCCUUCGACCGCAUGGAGACGCGCACGUCCUACCCCAACACCUUCCGCAUCUCCAAGCUCAUGCUGUACAUCUUCGUGCUCAUCCACUGGAACGCCUGCCUGUACUUCGCGCUCUCCAAGUACAUCGGCUUCGGGGCGGACCUCUGGGUGUACCCCAACAUCUCCGACCCGGUCUUCGCCUCCGUGCGGCGCCAGUACUUCUACUGCUUCUGGUUCUCGGCGCAGAUCUUCACCACGGUCGGGGACACGCCUCUGCCCGACCGGAAGGAGGAGUUCCUCUUCAUGAUCGCGGACCUGCUGAUCGCCGUGCUGGCGUUCGCCUCCAUCGUGGGCAACGUGGGCAACGUGAUCACCAACCUGAGCGACCGCGACAAGUUCUUCUUCCCCAACCACGAGCUGGUCAAGGACUACCUGCGCAGCCACCGCAUCAGCAAGGAGCUGCGGGGCCGCGUCAACAGCUGGUACCAGCACCUGCACAUCAACAAGAAGAUCACCCGGGAGAAUGAGAUCCUGCUGCAGCUGCCCGACACGCUGCGCACCGAGAUCGCCGUCAGCGUGCACCUGCCCACCCUCUCCAAGGUCACCAUUUUCCAGAACUGUGAGACCAGCCUGCUGGAGGAGCUGGUGCUGAAGCUCACGCCGCAGGUGUACAGCCCAGGGGAGUACGUAUGCAGGAAGGGGGACGUGGGGCAUGAGAUGUACAUCAUCAGAGAAGGAAAACUGGCUGUGGUAGCUGAUGAUGGAGUCACUCAGUUUGCUGUCCUUGGGGAGGGAACCUUCUUUGGUGAGAUAAGCAUUCUCAACAUCAAAGGGAACAAGUCGGGCAACCGGCGCACGGCCAACAUCCGCAGCAUCGGGCACUCUGACCUCUUCAGCCUGUCCAAGGAGGACCUGACGGACGUGCUGUCCGAGUUCCCGGCGGCCAAGCGGCUCCUGGAGGAGAAGGGCCGGCAGAUCCUCACCAAGAUGGGCAUGCUGGAGGAGACGGCCGUGGUGGACGGGCCCGAGGAAGAGAAGAAGAUGAAGAGGAAGGUGGACGUGUUGGAGAACAACCUCAACGCCCUGCACACCAAGCUGGCCCGGCUGAUGGCCGAGCUGGAGUCCAGCGCCCAUAAGAUGCAGAGGAGGGUGGAUCUGCUGGAGAAGGAGGCGGAGGUGUGGGAGUCCCCAGAGGACGGGGGGGAGGGAGGGGCGGCGGGAGCUGACGGGCAGAACGAGGCGGGAACGGCAGAGGACAGGAAUUGAGGAGGAAAGGGGGUAGGGAUGGAGGUGCCGGAGGGAAGAGAAAGGGAGCAGAGUGGGAACGAAGGAGAGGAGAAAGGAGUAGGAAAGGGUGAGAAGGGAGGCAGAGGGUUAGAUGGAAGUUCGUCUCGGCAGGGUGGGGCUUCUCGGGAGGGGCCGAGCAGGGAACCAGGAAGGGAUGAGGAAAGCAAAGGAGAGGCUGGGGGGAGCAAUGGGCAGAAAGGAGAGGAAGAAAGAGGGGAUGCAAUGAGAAAGGAAGAGAAGACUAGCAAGAAAGAGGAAGACCCAAAAAACAAACAUACACGGGACAAGGGAAAGCAAAAAUGAUAGAGAAUAGAGAAGGAAAAUGUCCACAGGUGGGCAAACUGCAUAGCAAGAAUGUGGGAUGAAAUGCAAGAAAAAAGGGAGAUGAUGGAGACAUGGGGACAAGACAGGCAUAUUUAGAGAAACUGGAGCAAAGAGAAAGAAAAAUAUAAAGAACAGGAGAAACAGAGAGAGGCCAAGUGCUGAACACCAAAUAGGAUAAGAAAAGGAUUAAAGGUGGAUUUAAUAGUUUUGUGUCAUUUUACAUAUGAAACAUAUUAAUAAAGUACAAAAAUAAGAGGUCAAGUGGUUAAUGUUGAUUACAUUUAGAUUACAUUUUGACAAGCAGUAAAUCUCGUGAGGAUGAACUUCACUGUCUAUUCUCAUAGUUUACCAUUAGAUGGCAGCAGAUACGAACAUAAGCUGUGAAAUAAUUUCACGGGCUAAAAUGUGUUUUGCUUGUCAGAUAUUUAUGAUGUGUCCAUUAAUGAUGAUGUCAUUAAUAUGAGUUAUGCAGGCCGAAUGUAAUCAGGCCAGUGUAAUGAAGGCCAUAACAGAUGGCUGGUUAUGUACACAGGACACUAUUUGGAUGAUCUGGACACUUGACUGAAGUUAAUACAUUUGGAAAAACAAAAGAUAUUCCAGCUGAACUUUGUGGUUUGCAUCAACUUAAUGACUGUUCCAAUCUAGCAGGUUGAUUGCUUCUGAGAUUAUGGUGGCUACAUUUUCACACUGACAAGAAUACUCUCUGUAAUAUUUUUGCAAAUUGUAAAUCAUAUUGGUUAUGGGUGGAAGUAAACAACGAACACAGUUU